GAAGCCACAACGUCUGGAGCAGAUGGCCUCGCGUGAGUUUGGUCUACUGGUACUUGCCGAGACAACUUUCAAUUAUAGACUUUGGGCGGCUAUCAGGUGGCUGGAUAAAAAGGCGCUCUUGUUCCCAAAAUGCGCAAGCGUGAUGGUCAGGCUAUUUCGUUCUUAUCUGUUACAACUUGCACGGGAAAGCUGUCAAGAGUCAUCAUGUCCACCACAAAAAGCUCGCCAUGCUGUUGAAAUUCAGGGAGGUCCUUAGUGAAAAGAUCACGACUCAAAAGUAGUCUGCGCUCUUUUAAAUUGUCUUUCAUCGUCUCUCUUUCUAAGCUGGCGGCCUUCUGGGGUGUCGGUGGAGUUGUGGACCUGAGACGGCGAACAAGCAGAUGCACAAGUCAGAUCUUAAUAGUGCGUUUCUGUGAAAUGCAGCGAGCUUGCCACUUUUCUAGAUCCUUCUCUUCCUCUAUCGCAGGCGUUUCAGCUGCUUGCUCUUCUGCUCUAAAAAUGAUGUGUCCGUGUGGUAUUGUCUUGCAUGCUACUAGAGAUUGCCCGACUUUUCAGCUUUCUGUCGCAAUAGUGAGAAGCUGACGAACGUUAGUCAAUUCCUACCGAAAUAACCAAAAAAAAUAAUAAGCAACGCCGAUCGUGUCUCUUUCAAGUGGUUCGAUACUCUUUACCUCGUUCCUUCUAACA